GUUUUUUCUUUUUAAACUUUCCAUUUCUAACCUGACUAACUUGCCUACUUACGGAAAUACGCGUAUUUAGCAGAUUUCGACCAUGUUUGAGGGUGUUGUUGCUACAGUGCUGAACAGGUUCCUGGGCAACUAUGUCACGAAUCUCGAGACGAACCAGCUGAAGCUUGGAAUUUGGCAAGGUGACGUCAAACUUGAGAAGCUCCGUCUGAAGACAGACGCGCUGGACAAGCUCCACCUACCGAUAGACGUGAAGGAGGGCUGGCUUGGCACGCUGACGAUCUCGAUUCCCUGGUCGAACCUCAAGGGGGCGCCAGUUCGCAUAAGCAUUGACGACGUGUUUCUUCUUGCCACGCCUCGGUUCCAAGAGGACUUUAAUGCCGAAGAGGAAGACGAGCGUGAAUAUGUGCGUAAAAUGCACAAGCUGGAGCAAGACGAGCUGGUCAAAGAGCACCAGCGCCUUAAGAGCGGUAGUGUGAAUGAGGACGAGCGCAAGCAGGCAUCGUUCACCGAGCAGCUGGUGGCGAAAAUUGUCGACAAUCUCCAGAUAGUAAUCAAGAACAUCCAUGUGCGCUAUGAGGACGACAAGAGCAACCCCAAGCACAUGUUCGCUGUAGGAGCGACCUUGGGCGAGCUCUCGGCAGUGUCGACCGAUGAGGAGUGGCGCGAGACGUUCAUCCAUGACUCGGGCAGCGUGAUACGCAAGAUGCUGAAGCUGGCGCGCUUCUCGAUGUACUGGGACACAGACUGCAAGACACUACAGGGACUGAGCCAAAGCGAGCUGCUGGAGCAGUUUGCGUCGGCGAUUGGGUCAGCGGACCGCCAUGAGCCGAUUCUCCGGCCGGUUGUUGGAAGCGGCAAGCUGACGAUGAAUAGGCGGGCGGGCCCCGACGAGAUCCGCACCAUGGCGAAUUUCGAAUUCGACCAGCUGGCAUUUGAGCUCGAUGACGAGCAGUACGUGGACGCGUUGUUGCUAACCACCUCGUUUGAUUACGCAAUGCGGCAGCGCCGGUAUCGCCAGCACCGGCCGGCUCCGGGCAUCAGGCCAAAGGAUGACCCGAAGGCGUGGCUGCUGUUUGCGAUGCGCAGUGUUUACGACGAAAUCCACGACUUCAAUUACCGUCGCACGUGGGAGUUCCAGAAGAAGCGCAGGGAUGACAGGCUGCUGUAUUUGCGCACGUAUACGACGCUUAAGGUCAACAGCAAGCUGCCCAAGGUGGACCAGACGGCACUGGACCAGCUCCACCGAUCACUGUCGUACCAGGACAUCCGAUUCUAUCGGGCUUUAGCGGAGGCCAAAAUGCGCAAGAUGCGUAGUGAGAUCCGCCGGCGCAAGAGCGGGCUGCUCAGUGGUACAGCGGGUGCUGGUGUUUCUGGAUGGGUUGGCAGCUGGAUCAGCGGCUGGGUAGGCGGUAGCGGCACAGCUGCUGGUGGGCAGACGCAAGCCAAUGCUGAAAGCCUGAACGAUGCCGAAGACACCCAGCUAUCAGAGAAGCAGGUGCAGGAGCUAUACGAUACGAUCGAGUUCAACGAGGACCUGGUCGAUGAUGCCGAGUAUGACCUACCAAAGGAGACGAUUAAGCUCGCGGCCACUGUCCUGCUGCGAUCGGGAUCUCUGAAGCUGAAGGUGGACCGCAAGAACCGUGACCACACGCUGAUGGGUAUCUUCUAUGACUUGCUGAAGGUUGAUCUGCUGCAGCGCCCGCAGAAUAUCGUUGCCGACGUUUCCAUGCAUCGGUUCGAGGUAGUCGAUGGCACUCUACCAGGGACGCAAUACCCGAAGAUGAUAUACUUGAAUCCCGAUGCGCGGGAGCUCGACAGCGACUCGUCUGGGAUGCACGACGUGAUAACAGCGGUGGCUGAUGCACCGGGAGGCAUGGCGGCGCUGCUGGAGCACGACUCGAACAACGUCCAGGAUCCAUUCAUGAAGGUGCAUUUCGAGAAGGACCCCCUGGAUGGGCAUGCAGAUUCUAUGCUCAACAUGAAGGUCAAGUCGCUGCACGUGGUGUACCACCCGACGGCGGCCAAGGCGAUCAUGGACUUUUUCGAGCCGCCGUCCAGCGCCUCGGCCGAGUCCAUGCACGCGCUGAUUGCGGCAGCCUCCAAGUCAGUCGCAGGGCUUCGCGACCAGACGCGGGCGGGGCUCGAGUAUGCGCUGGCAAAGCACAAGACGGUCGAUGUGAAGGUGGAUUUCGAUGCGCCUGUGUUUGUAAUCCCGCAGAAUGUCACGGACCCGCACAGUCAGGUGGUGGUGCUCGAUACUGGAUAUCUUACAGUGGAGUCGCAGCUGGUUGACCAGGUCACGAUGGAGCGCAUUCGGCAGAAGGAGAGCAUUGUGCUGUCGCCUGAGGAAAUGAAGGAGCUCGAGAGCCUGAUGUACGACCACUUUGAUAUGCAGCUGCAUAGCACCCAGCUACUGGUAGGUAACGACCUGCAGGCGUGUAUGCGGGCGCUGACCAGCGGCGCGGCCGACACUAAGCUGCAUGUGGUAGACAAGAUUGAGCUCAGCUUUGACCUCGGGCUGUGCAUUUUGCCCGAGCCGCCAAUGCACAUGCCCAAGGUCACGCUUGACGGCAGCCUGCCAUCGCUGCAGGUGUUUUUCUCGGACCGCAAGUACAAGGCGGUGAUGUCGACAAUUGAUCUGAUUGUUGAGGCCCUGAACGAAGACGAGCCGGACCUCACCGGGCAGUACGAGGCUGGCAGCCCGCAUGUGCAGCCGACGGCUUUUGGGGCCGGUGGGAUCUUCUCCCGUAUCUCUGAGGUUCCUGACAGAUCUGAUGAUCCAGCAAUGGCAUUGCAGGCAGACUCUGACGAUGCAAAGUCGGAUUCGGACGAUGCCGGUUCAGUAGACGAGCGGCAGGGGACGCUGCGGCGCAAAAAGAACCGCGAGGGCAGGCGCAAGGUCGGCAAGGAGCCGGAGCGGCCGCUGGUGCGCGUGACGUUCUCUGUGGAUAACCUGGUUGGGUUUAUCUGGCGCACGCACGACGACGGCAGGGACGAUCUGCACAUAGCGGAUAUUGCAGUGACGGGGUUUGCAGUUGAGGUAGUCAAUCGUCCCUUUGACUUGUCAGCGGACGUCACAAUCCACCAGAUCACAGUUGAAGACCACCUGAUGUUGGGCGGGAUGGCUGGCUCCCCACAUGUCUAUGCGUUGACAUCGGACAUUGCACAGGCAGAUGUGAAUGGGGAGACGGACAAGAAUCUGGUUGUGGUGAAGUACCACCGCUGCCAGGGCGACCAUCCGGAGUUCACAACCACCUACGAGUCCAUCGGGCAGACGGUCGAUGUUGAGGUCUCGUACCUGGAUCUGAUGCAGCUCAGCAAUGUCGAUGACGGAGCAUCUGAGCAAAGCGACAAGAUGGUCGACUCGCUGCUGCAGCAGGCGCUGGAUACUAUCCGGGUCGACGUGCGGCUCAAGGGGACAGAUUUCAGUCUCUGCCACGACGACGGGCUGCCGGUGGCCUUGCUGUCGGUCACAGCGGCAGCGGUGCGGGUGAUUGUCACCGAGGAGGUCGUCGUGGAAGCCAAAGUUGGCAACAUCAUGUUAGUGGACCAGCUCGAUACGGUGCCGGCAGCUACCGGAGCGCUGGGUGGACACCAUCAGACGCACGACGAGAUUGACCCGAACCGGCUCCUUCUGUACGUGAAGGGUGAUGAGCUGGCGGACUUCAGAUACCAGACAUUCGACCCGCACAGCGCUGGGUUCCCGGGCCACAAUAGUGCAGUGAAACUGCGGGUGGGCGCUGCACAUCUGACGUUUGUCGAGCGGCCGAUCCGCGAGCUGAUGCUCUUUGGAUCGCGGUUCUCGGCCAUGCACGGGUUGUUUGAGGCAGCGCGGCAGGCGGCUGCCUACGGGACGUCGCAGCUGACUGAGGAGAUGAUUGGUACGGGGCAGAAAGUACAUUUCGAUGUGGUGAUGUCGGCGCCGGUGAUUGCGUUCCCGCGCGACGGCUUCAUGCCGUAUGCAGCGGACGGCGGCCAGGGCCUGGCAGUGGAUAUGCUGGUAGCGCAGCCGGGCGAACUGUCAAUUUCGAACGAAUUCACGACGGUGCGUGAGAUGGACCGGGACUGGGACAUCAACCGUAUUUCACUGGCUUUGCGGCGAAUCGGCAUCACUUUGGGCAAGGCGAAGCGCCAGGAACUGCAGAUUCUGGAGGACGUUGAUUUCGGUAUGGACAUGCAUAUUCUGAUUGACGGGCAUAUCCCCGGAUGCAUGCGUCCGGUGACCGAGCUGAUCGGCACGCUGAGCCCAGUGAAGAUGCGGCUGACCGAGUUCCAGUACAAGGUCAUCUAUGAUCUCUUGGGGGUCAUCGCGCGGGUAUUCGGUAACGACCCCAAUGCGCCGGCAGUAGCUGAUCCGCUGAUCAACGACAAGGUCCUGGAUCUGUCGAUUCUGCGCGACAACCCGGCCACCAGCAAUGCGGAGAAUGCGCAGAAGGCGCUGGAGAACCUGGGGCAGGCGGCACGCACGCCCGAUGUCGACGAUGCACUGGGCAGCUACGCGACUAUCGAUUUGUAUGUGACACUGUCGACGAUCCAGCUGGAGUUGUUCCAGGGCAGUGGGUUCCAUCUGGACUCGAUCCAGCGGGCGUCGUUCACGCGUGCCGACAUCAACGGGCUGUCGGUGAAGUACCGGGCCAAGGCGAAUGGCGAUAGCAAGGCGGAGUUUGCGAUUAAUGCGGUGCGGGCCUACGAUACUAGACCAGGGACGCAGAACCAGUUCACACAGCUUAUCAGCCCGACGACUGAAGGCAGGCACGGGCAGCAGGCAGAGGACGGGGCGCAUGUGGCCAGCAGCAUGCAUGCGAUGGCCAGGGAUGGGCCGGUGGACGAGGAUGCGAGCAGCCCGCAGCUGAUCUGCCACAUUGACAUGCGGCCGAACCAGGACAUGGUUCUGCUUCUGACGCUCGACAGUCCGCGCGUGGUGCUGGUGCUCGACCACGUGUUCAUUCUGGUGGGCUUUGUAAUGAGUGUGUUCCCGCAGCAGGCGCCCGAACAGCAAAAGCAAAGGCCAAGCGGAGACAUGCCCAGCAGCGACUUUGAGUCGACCGGCGGACUGAUCUACAAGGUGGAUGUUUUGCACCCUGAGUUUAUUCUGCUGGCCGACCCGACCAGCCGCAGCUCGGAGGCUCUGGUUCUGUCGAUCAGCCAGAUAAUUGUGGCCCAGGAGGGUAUGUUCUGCACGACGAUAGACGAGAUCGGCGUAUCGCUCUGCAGCAUCGACCGGCGCAAGGAGACAGCCCGCAGUGUUAUGGAUCCGUUUACGGUCAUCACCACCAUGGACCAGCGUGUGACGCCCGGCGAUAUCGUCAAGGGAGUGCCGACACACUCUGUCACGGACAUUUCGGUUGAUGUCGGCAGCCUGUUGCUACGUGUGGGCAUCAAUGACGCUAUCCUGAUGCUCGAUAUCUUCAACCAUGCAAUGGAGCUGAUGUACAAGCAGGCCGAGGAGCCAGCGGAUACUGACAAGCACGAGGUGGGCUCCAGCCUGGGCAGGACGGAUGUGCAGUCGCAGCCAGUGGAAGGAUCGACGAUGCGGGUGACGGUGGCGUCGCUGCGGUUCGUCGUAAUCCGGGACAUCUUUGGCCUGCCAGUGUACGGCUGCACGGCGAAGGGGUUCCACGUAGAUAUUUCUGACUGGAGCAUUGCCAUGCGGAUCAAGUCGGAUCUUCAGCUGCAAGCAUCGUACUUUAACCGACGCAACUCGCACUGGGAGCCGUUUAUUGAGCCGUGGAGGUGCGCUUUAAACAUGCAGCAGGCGGAUGGCGGGUCGCAGAAAAUCGACAUCAACUCGGCGGAUCGGCUGCAUGUGAACGCAUCGCACACGUUCAUCGAGGAGACGCUGAGCCUUUUGUACCAGUGGAACGACGAGAUGGACAAGCACGCCAAGCAAAAGGAGACUGCCAAGCCCACGGGCGAACGCAUGCCGUAUGUGCUGAUUAACCGGACCGGCAUUGACUGUCAUGUGUGGGUGGAUCUGCCUGAGGGCGCUAAUGCGCGCACCGAGCGCAUCGAUACAACACCCGUCCUAUUGCGGGACGGCUCGAGCCUUCCGUGGCGGUUCGAGGACUGGCGGCGGCGCCGCGAGCAGCUCGAGUUUGCCAACGGCCAGUGGGAGUGGCUACGGCGCGUGCAGGUGGACCGUGAGGGCGUCAAAUACUAUUCUUUGCAGCCGGCGCUCGACAGCAUCCUGCAUCGGCUGGCAGUGGAGGUCAGCCUGGACGCUGCCAAUCUGGUUAAGAGGAACCAGACGCGCGUGGCUAUGGAGGUGGCGAUGUGCGAUUACCGCGGGGAGAUGCGCACGGAUGCGGCGGUGAUCCAGCCCGGCGAGGAUCUGCCGCUGCCAUUGCUCAAGGGUUUCGGGUAUGCGUGGUCGUCGCAGUAUAUCUUCUGGCGUGACUUCCUCGGCCAAGACGCACGCACCGAACUCUGCUGCCUGCCCAGCACCGCCGAGCCGACCCGCACCUUGACCGCCAACGACGUGUAUGUAGGCGGGAAGAACGCGAAAAUUGCGCGCAGCGACGUGGUGCCAUUCUUCAUCCACUUCAACGCCCUGUGCGAUGCCCGCAACCCGGCAUUAUACAAGUACCCGUUCAUGCGUUUGGUGAUGACGCCGCCGCUGGAGAUCGAGAAUCUGCUGCCAUAUCCAAUCAACUUUAUUGUGGUUGACAAGACGGCCAACCGGCGGUGGGUCAGUUCGCUUGAGUACGGCGGCACGGCGGCUGUGCAUGCCGUGCAGCCCGGGCACUUGGUAUUGCUGAGCAUCAAGAUCCCCGAGGCUGGGUUUGAUCACUGCGACGGCACGAUCAUCGAGAGCCCUGACGAGGACGAGUAUCCGGUGGACAAUGACGUGGCCAUGACCGACCGCGACGGGCUGCGGCUUUUGCUGAAGCUGCACCGCAUGGACAUUCCGAACUCGGGCGGGCGCUGCCGUCGCAUCAGCAUCUACGCACCCUAUGUGAUGGUCAACCGCACCAGCCUGCCAUUGUUUUUCUCCAGCAAGAGCUUUUUCAAGGGCAUCAUGGCUGUGGCCGGCCAGAACAUCUCGGGCAACCGCCCGCAGCCAGUCUCGCUGGCCAGCCGGCUUUUGCCCUCCACCAACGACUUUACCAGAGAACAGCCGCCCAGCUCCGAUUCCGCACGGCCGCUGAUGUUCUCGUUCGGGUCGUAUGAUUUGCGGAACCGCGCGCUGGUCAGGGCCGGCAACAGCGAGUGGAGCAAGCCAUUAAGCUUUGACGCCAUUGGCAGUGCCUCAGAGUUCUCGAUCCCGGCCACCGACGGCAUUUCCGAUAUGCAUUUCGGUAUUGAGAUUGAUCCAGGCCUGGGCCGGUACUCGCAUACACGCGUGGUGACGUUCUCAUCGCGGUACGUGGUCAAGAACCAGUCGGGCCUGGCCCUGCAGUACCGCACAGUCUACAACACCGACUCGUCGGUGCGUAUCAAUGACGGCGAGCGCCAGCCAUUGCAUACUAUGUACAAGGCGCGGCGGCGGCUGCUGACGGUUGCGUGUGCGCCAGAGGAUGGAGGAGCAGCACAAGUAAGCGAUAUCGCGUGGUCAGCUCCCUUCAGCAUCGACGACAUUGGCCGCAUCUUCGUGCGUGUGCCCACCGCCCACGGCGAGAUCCUGGCCAAGGUGGAUGUGGUGAUGGAAGGCGCCUGCCUAUUCGUGAUCCUGCAGCAAGAGACGCGGUACUGGCCGUUCCGCAUCGAAAAUAACACGGAGGUGGACAUAACCGUGUGGCAGUACCGCGAGCGCGUGUCGUCCGACCAGCGGCCAAACGAUGCAGUCGGCCGUAUUCCAUCGCCGACGGGUUCGCCGGCCCGUGACGUAUCCGAUGGUAGCGAGAAGCGCUACAAGGUCAUGGCCGGCCAGACAUUGGAGUAUGCGUGGGACCAGCCAACAGCAGCCCGCAAGCUGCUGGUCAUUAGCGCUCUGGGCAAGACCCGGCGGAUCAGUCUGCAGGAGAUUGGCGAGCAGACGCCGUUUGAGUUUGCCAAGCCGGCAUUGCCGCCCAGGCGCGGGGCGUCGCCGGCCACUGUGGCCAAUGCGCUGGCUCACACUACCAUGAAUGUCGAUGUCGUGGCAUCCGGCCCCAGCCAGGUCCUGAAGCUGACCGGAUACACGCCUGACAGCCAUUAUAUGCCGCAGAUGAGCCGUGUGCAGUCCACGAGCCGUUUAUCUCGCACCCCGACCGCCCAGACCACCUCGUCCGAGUCGUCGGUGACCAAACGCAAUGAGGAGCGGUUUGAGGUUGUGGGCGGUGACGAAAAGACAAAUUUUGUGUUCCGCCUCGGCCUCGAGGGCGGCAUCGGCGUGUCUCUGAUUAACAAGUACGCCAGCGAGAUCCUGUUCGCGACCCUGUCUGAUGUCGAGCUCAAGCUCACCGACUCGACGUCGAACCAGACUGCCCGGCUGACUGUCAAAUGGGUGCAGAUCGACAACCAGAUCUACGGCGCCUUGUAUCCGAUUGUGCUCUACCCGACCACACUGGGCGUGGCCACGCCCGGCACCGCCACCCCGCCGGCCUUGCAAGCGGUGGUGGUGCGUGCCAAGGACAACUCGUAUGGCGUCGAGUAUUUCAAGUAUGCCUCGGUAUUGGCCCAGGAGCUGUCGGUGGAACUCGACGAGGACUUUUUGUAUGCACUGCUGGAUUUCGUCAAAUUUGAUACGCCAGGUGAUACGCCAAGCCAGGGUAUCGCGCGCAUGCUGGACUCAGGCAUCCCCGAGGUGUCAGCACUGGACGAGGGCCUGCAGCUGUACUUUGAGUUCCUGCAUAUCCAGCCAUUCAAGCUGAACAUUUCGUUUAUGCGCACACAGCGCCUGGACAUUGGCGGCGACCCGACCGCGCGCCAGGCCCAGAGCAUCACCAGCUACAAUUCGCGCCUGGCUAUGACUGGCAGCGCCGAGCAGGCGGGUGAAGGUGUGGCCAGCACACCCGGUGUAGUCGCCUACGCCACUAACGUACUGACCAUGGCCAUCGGCAAUGUCAACGAAGCGCCCGUGUAUCUGAACGCACUGAUCAUGCAAAAUGUGCGCGUCUCUAUGGCUAUUCUCAGCGACCGCAUGUACAAGCACUAUUCGCAGGAGGUCUUUGCUCAGGUCUACAAGGUCGUCGGCAGCGCCAAUCUCCUGGGUAACCCGGUCGGUCUCUUCAACAACAUCAGCUCGGGUGUCUCCGACUUCUUCUACGAGCCCUAUCAGGGCUUUGUCAUGAGCGACCGGCCGCAGGAUUUUGGCUUCGGCUUGGCCCGCGGCACCGCGUCGUUGUUCAAAAAGACUGUGUUCGGUAUGACUGACAGUUUCAGCAAGUUCACCGACUCUGUCUCCAAGGGCCUGUCGGCAGCCACCCUGGACCCGCAGUUCCAGAGCGCCCGCACGCUUAACCGCGUCCGCAAUAAGCCCAAACACGCGAUUUACGGCGUAGCCCGCGGCGCUGAGUCGUUGGCCAAAGGCGUUGGAUCGGGCUUGGCCGGCGUUGUCAUGCGGCCGAUCGAGGGAGCCGAGCAGGAGGGGGUGGGCGGUUUCCUCAAGGGCGUCGGCAAGGGCCUCGUCGGUGUCGUCACCAAGCCCAUGAUUGGGAUGUUCGACCUGGCCUCCAACGUCACCGAAGGGAUCCGCAACACCACCACGCUCUUUGAGCGUGACCUCGACCGCCUCCGCCUACCACGCCAUAUCGGCAAAGACGGCAUCCUCGCCAUAUACUCCGAGCGCGAGGCCCUGGGCCAGGCCUGGAUGCGCGAGCUCAGAAAGGGCGCGUACGCAUACGACUCGUACUUGGCCCAUCUGGAGCUGCCUGGGUCGGACAUGGUUGUGCUAUUGACAUACCAGCGUUUGGUCAUGUUCAGGCGCGCCAAACCCGAUGACGCCGGCAUGGCUGUGGGUGCCGCCGGGUCAUCAAUCGAGACCGGCUCGGCUACUGGUGCCAUCGGCGUCAGCGCGUCAAAUGCCGCCAAGGCCCAGGUCGAGUGGGAGCAGGAUAUCAAGAGCCUGCAUAGCAUCCAGCUGGAGGCUGGCGGGAUUUCACUCAAACUACCCGCUCUGCCCGACGGCCAGGGCGCCCCGCCCGGUCCCUUCAUUCCCAUUGCCGAUGCCCAGAGCCGCCGUUGGUUCUAUGACAAGAUCAAGGAAGCUGUCAAGGCACUGGUGGAUGACCGCAAGGAGCUAAAUUAA